AUGGACCGAGGACGGCGAUCUGUUUCUAAUCAAGGACGGUGGCUGCAUCAACGUGAUUCUGAGGAGAAAGAAGGUUGGUACCGUCGUGAUUCUGGGUGUAAUCGUCACAACCACCACUCAAAUUCCUCCCAUCGGCGCCGGCGGUUGAAUCAUCAAGGAGAACGAAGGUUUUUGGAGGAUGGGAAGGUUAGAAGAAGAUCACAGCAACAUGGGGGUUGUGAUGUUAGCAGGUCAAAGAAGCUUGAUGAUGGUGGAGGUGUGAUUGAAGGAGGCAAGAAUGGGGCUGUUGGUGUGGUUGAACGUGGUAAUGAGAAAGAGGUUGGUGGUGAUGUUAGUGGUGGCCUCAAGCACCGUGAUGACAUUGUUUUGGGUUCGAACCUUAAACGGUACGUCUCUUUUUAUUUUUCUAAUUUUCCGGCGCAACUUCCUAAGUUUUAUUUAAGAAAAGGUUUUGAAGUUUGCGGCAUGUUGGAGGAUGUGUACGUUGCUAAAAAGAGGAAUAAGUAUGGGCAACCCUAUGGCUUCGUCAAAUUCUCUAAUGUUAAGAAUGUGUCUAAAAUGACGAGUGCUUUGAACAAUGUCUGGUUUGGUAAUUUCCGCGUUAAAGCAAGUGUGGCUAUGUUUGAACGUAGCGAUUCGAGGGCGGGUAGUAGAAUGGAGUCUCAAAAGGCUGAAAAGGAACAAGUUGAUGCUCCAUUAUCGCAGGAUGGGAAGCAAGAAUCCCUGAGGCUUGAAGUACCCAAAAUUAAUGUGGAGGACUUAAAGAUGCCGGAGCGACUAUCUCAACACGAAGGUGUCUGUGCUCCAAGAGUGGAGAUGGAGACACGAGCCCCUACAGAAGGAGUGCGGGUGGGGGACAUCGUUGUAGAGCUGGGGGCGAGAAAGGUUAAUUUAACCCAUAAGAAAGCCCAUAAAGUGGGGAUCUUGCCGCUCCCUUCUAAGGCUGAAUUGCAAGCAGCCACUGUGAAGGAUAGUAGAUGCUUUAUGAAGUGCUACCGCACAAAACCUGUUGAUGCGAAGUGGGCUAGCAAUGGUGUUGUGGCUACCAUUAGAAAUGGAGAGGCGGUACCUUUGGUACAUGAAAGAAUAGUGGAUGCAGGUUUUAAUGAUCUGGUUCUUAUUCCUAUGGGGGCUGACAAAGUUUUCUUGCGUAGCUUGGCGGGUGGCGAUGCUAUGGGGACGGUGAAUAACGCCAAAGAGUUUUUCCAACUAUUCUUUUCGAAUUGGUGUCGAUGGGAAUCAGAUGCACAGCCUUAUCGUAGAGGUGCGUGGGUUCGCCUUUACGGGAUCCCACUUCAUGCUUGGAACGAGGAAUUUUUCAAGCUUUGUGUUUUAGACUGUGGCCGUUUUCUGCGCACGGAUUGUUGCUCAGCUGAAAAGGACAGGCUUGAUUUUGCGCGGGUCUUGUUAGCUACACCCGACCUGGAGAUCAUUAACCGAGUUGAGAGUAUUCUGGUGGAUGGUGGUAAGGUGGAGGUUAAGAUUGUGGAGGAGUGGGGGUAUGCCUUGGGAGAAGACUUUUGUCUUGUUGAGGAGGAAAGCGGGUCGGAGGCGGCUCAAUCGGAGUGUGGCGAGGGUCAUGUGGAUCCGGAAGUUAGUCGUGAUGUUGACUUGUUGAUUAACAAUAUCACAGAAGGGUUAGAGGGUGAGGCUUGUGUUGAGGUUCAAGGUUUGCGUAAGGAAGAACCCUUACUUAAGCUGAAUGACAGGGAACCUGAGUUGGAGCAGAAACUCGAUUCUCCGUGUUCAGGAUUUAGGUCGAGCUCUCAGGAUCAAGUUGUUGGGCCAGAUAGCCCAUCUGUUGUGGUACAGGCUCAGGAUCGUCCCCCUGUUCGAACGCUCCGUGUUAAACCGAGGAAAAAAGGGAGGAAGGGAAACUGUCCUGAUGUGAAUCUUAUUUCGAAAGGGCAACAGGACCCUUUGAAAAUGAAGGCUAGUGGGGUUCUUCGUCACCCGCUACACAGUAUUAAAAAAGUUGCUAGGAUGCCAACUAAAGAUCGUCGAGAGGUUCUAAAAGUUUUAAAAAAAAGUGUCCGGCGGCGCAGGGGUGGGGAUGAUGUCAGUCGCUCUUGUACAGUGAGUCGCCAAGUCGCUACUGGAGAGUCUUCCUCAUCCGGAUCAAUUAAUAAUGAUUGGACAAACUGGGUGGCUGUUCAAGGAAAUGAUCAAAUGGCAGUGGACGAUGUUUGGGGGCGGGCAAAGGCAAGAAGGAUAACUCAGGUCGGGGCUCGGUGGGAGGCCCUCGAAGUGUGCGAGGGUGCUAGUUGGUGUGUUUUUUCUGCUUUGUUUGGGGGACGAGUGUUUGUGAAUGAAGAUCGUGUCUUGGAAUAUAAGAGGGUUGGGUGGGUUAGAGAAGCGGAAGGAAGUCGGCAAAUUGGUGGGAGAUCUGAAACCCUUUAUUCUCUGUUUGCAGGAGACGAAGUUACAAAUCUGUGA